AAAUGCCGGCAGUAUUGUUUUUUCCCUUUCGGCAUUUCAAAGGCAAGUCGGGGUUUCCUUUGCUGGACGCUUAAUUUGCUUUUGCGGAGAUGCUGGAUAUUCCUUAGGUACUCGGGAUCUUCUGUCCUCUUUUCGAUCUGGAAACUGACAGUCCGCUAGGUUCAUUCAGACCCUAGCAUUCGCUCGAGGUCAUACUUACGUACUCAUCCCAAUGGGUUGAAUUCUACAGUUUUACAAUUUUACACUCACCGCUCCCGCAUCGUCGGGUGUACUGCUCGAGUUAACCUGUCGAUAGACUUGGAUACCCCCAGUCCGUUAUUAGACAGUCCGGCGCAUGUCUGGUUGAAGGGCAUUGGAUAUGUCACCGUACCAUAGUGUCCGUGACACGUUUCUAGGCUUCUUCUACAUGUCAGCGUCGUCAGCGUCGACAUGUACACUCUGGCCAGACGAGUCGUUCGCGUCAACUAUCCUAUGCCCAGGCUGAAAGGUUCCCUUGCUUAUUUAAAUCCGAGUCACGAUCUUACCGGUGGCAUGUUUGGUGAGUGGACCCAGAUCUGAUGAAUCACAAUAUGUUGUAAUAUAAGUAUCGUCAUUGUGAUUUGUAUACACUAGAUUUUUCUACUUAAAUAGCAAUGUGGCGUACUCUCUUGGGAGUUUUCCUCUCCAUCCUCAGUACAGGCACAUUCUUGUCUCAUAUCUCACCCGGCUGCCACUAUCAUGACCGUUGGACAACCAAAGACGGCGCUAUCCGCUACCCGGGAGAGGCCCGGAUCUCAUUCGGUAAGUGAAGGCGCAAAGGAUGCCUUCAAUCAUCUUUUAAAGUCCAUCAAGACAGAGCUUCCAAGGGGUUUUCUACGAUACGCCGAGAAUAUCAAAUUCUUGAGAUAUUCUCGCACAGGGGAUACGGCGUGUUUUCCAUGCCCCUUGCGUGAACAAGAAGCAGUGGCAGCACUUAAAGCACUGGAAGGAUGUGCCGCUGCCGCGAUCGCAGAUAUCCGGGGGGUAAAACGUGAACGAUCGAUUAGCGUUACCCUAGAACGUGUGACGUCCUUUUUAAUGUCUACAUAUCUCACCAAUAUCGACGGCUUAGAUAAGUGCAACCCCAAAGUUAAGGAGCGAAUUCCGAACACCGAUCUAAACCAGGCUCAGUCAAAUCUAUAUCGGCGCCUAUCAGCGGGCCUAUACGAAACAAGGAACCGGGGCGAAUACUAUCACAUCCACGGAUCAUUAGAAGCCACCAAAACCUUAAAGAUGAUUGGUCUUCCUGCUUUUUCCCCCGGUCUAACAGAUUACCGUGAUUGUAUUAGCACUAUCGAGGGAGCGGUCAGGAAGUUUUCCGGAGAUGAAUUAGAGAAGCUGAAUCGAGAAUACCGCCAGGCAGGCGUCCCUGUCCUCACCAAUGAAAAGUUCCAGAAGAGUAGUCAUGGCCAAUCGAUGGCAUCUCUUCCAUUAUUUACCGUAAAACCCUUGGGAAGUGAUACGCCACCUGUCCCAUUUACGGAGCAAUCCAUUUACGGGCCAGGUCAGUGUCUGCAGGGACUUCGUGUUAUCGAACUGUGUCGGGUAAUUGCAGGACCAACCAUUGGUCGAUCCCUAGCAGCGCAUGGCGCAUCUGUCUUGAAGGUUACAUCGUCGCAGUUACCAGACGUCCCAUUCUUCCAAUUGGAUGUCAAUAUCGGGAAACACACGACAUCAUUACAUCUCAAAAACGCAGAUGAUGUCGAGAUUUUCGAGUCCCUCCUUGAGACAGCCGAUGUGAUCAUCGAUGGGUACCGACCGGGUGUUAUCGCGAGGCUCGGUUAUCGUCCCGAGGAUCUUGCAGCGAAGGCGGCUCAACGCGGCAGGGGUAUCGUCUAUGUGGCAGAAGACUGCUUUGGCGGUAUCGAAAUUGGCGCCGAAUGGGCGGGCCGUCCGGGUUGGCAGCAAAUCGCCGACUGCGUCACGGGCGUGGCAUGGGAGCAAGGUAGGUUCAUGGGCCUCGACGAGCCGGUCAUCCCACCUUUCCCCAUGUCCGACUAUGGCACAGGGUGCGUCGGUACUGUUGCGGCGCUCUCGGGCAUCUAUCGUAGGGCUACGCAAGGUGGUAGCUGGAUUUGUCGAACCAGUCUCUCGCAGUACGACAUGUUCCUUCUAUCCCUCGGCACUUACCCGACUGAGGUCCAGAACCAGCUACGCCUCGAGCACGAUCCUAACUUCUUCGAGCUACGUCACAAUGAUUCUGUUGACGAGAUUAGCCGGCGAGCUCUAGCCAGUGUCAAAUCGCUACACCCGGCACUCUUUGCUAACCAUAUUAUGCAGAGCACGUAUAGCGAGGGAUUCGGCGGCAUUGUAGCGUGGCCGGGGGAGCCACUAGCAGUGAGUGGAAUUCAGAUUGGCUACGUGAGGCCGACACGGCCAAAUGGCUAUGAUAAGCCCACUUGGGAGCAUUGGGAGAGAGACGAGUCUCUAUUGGAUGCCUGAUAUAUUGUUGCCCAAACGGAAGCUUGCUUACUGAUGGUUUACGAAGGAUCUAAUGUGGUCACACGGCAGUAGCGGCGGUUAUCGUGCCUUUUUUAUCAUAGCGGGCGUCGUGAUAUUAGUUGUAGCUAGCGUUGCAUAAAGUUGCAUGUGUGAGCAGCUAAAGGAUAUCAUCCCCA